AUGUUCAAAGUAUUACGACCGGGCGGAAACCACCGCCUUUUCAACGCGCCGGUACCAGGCCUCGAGCCGGAGGGGAAAAGCAGCAACCGAAAGAAACUCCCAUUACGCGUGGCGCCGCGAAUACUCGACCUAGGAUGCGGGACGGGGAUCUGGAUGAACGAGAUGGCCGUGGAGUUCCCGUAUGCCGAAUUCGUCGGCGUCGACAUCCACUACAUGGCAUCCAAAUGUCACCCGGAGAACGUCAGCGUGCGCGUGCCCUGGGACUACGAGAGUCCCUGGGCUAUGGGGGAACGGUCCUGGGAUUUGAUCCAUAUGCAAAUGGGACUCGGGAGCGUGUCGGACUGGCCGGGUCUGUACCGCAAAGUCCUGAAGCAUUUGGUCCCCGGCUACGGCUGGUUCGAGCAUGUCGAGCUCGACUUUGAACCGCGGUGCGACGACGGCUCACUCAGACCGGGCAAGCUGACUGAGUGGUGGCACAUGUACCUGAAGAAUUUCUAUGCGUCGAUCAAUCGUCGAUUGCAUUAUGAUCCCGACACGGGCGAACUCUUGCUCGCCGCGGGGUUCAAGGAUAUCCAUCAUGCUGUCUACAGGAUCCCUUUGAAUCCUUGGUCUGAUGACCGCGGUGAACAUCGUGCCGCCUUGUGGUGGGGCCAGGUCAUGUCGCGUGGCCUUGAAGAGGAUGGCGGCAAUGGAUUUGAGGCGCUCAGUCUCGCGCCGCUCUGCAGAUAUAAUGGCUGGGCGCAGGAUCAUGUCGAACGACUCUGCGAGGAGGCCCUCGAUCAGGCUUGUGAUCCGGAUUGUCGGGUUUAUAAUGAACUUCAUAUUUGGUGGGCGAGAAGCCCUCAUAAAGGUGAGGUUUGA